UAUUGAACAUUAGCAGCUGUGGGCUCCCAAAAACCAACAUGAUUUCACUCAAGCUGUCUUGCAUGGUUCUUGUGUCAGUGGCCGUCGUUAUGUGCGAACCUCCGUCUCCUCAAUAUGGAGUUCCCUUUGGAAACAACAAUAACCAUAACAACAACAACAACAACAAUAACGGAGGUUAUCACCAUAACAACGGACAGGGCAUAAACGGAAACGCGCCAAUAAACAGCUACGGAAAUCCCAAUUACAACGCCAUCCACGAUCAUCACGAGUACGGAGAGCCCAAAGCCUACGAAUUCGGGUACCAGGUCAAAGACGAUUACACCGGAACCAAUUACAACCGUCAAGAGCACAGCGAUGGCAACCAGGUUACAGGAUCCUAUAGGGUAGCUUUACCAGAUGGUAGAACCCAAAUAGUCACCUAUUACGCUGAUUGGAAGACCGGAUUCCACGCCGAUGUGCGUUAUGAGGGUGAAGCCCAAUACCCAGACCAAUACAACAACGGCUUCGGAAACGGAAACAAAAACAGCGUCUACAACACAUACGGAAACAGCAACAAUAACCAUAACAACAACCAUAAUAACAAUUUCGGAACAAACAACCAUAAUAACAACAACAACAACAAUUUCGGUGUAAACAACCAGUACGGUCCUCCCGUAAACCCCGUUGCUAUUAACAACCAUUACGCCGGAGCCAACUCUAACUUUGGAGCUACCAGUUCGGUAUCGAUCAAAGAUUAUUCCAAUAGCAACAGUUACGAUAGUUACGCAGAUUCCGGUUUCGGAAACAAAGCUAAACCUAGCAACGCGUACGGAGCCCCAUAG